CUGUCUUCGACUGGACAAGCUCUUAUCAUGACAGGGCGACUUACAGGACCAUUUGAUGGCCAACUUUCCACUCAAACACCGGUGGGACCCGAUGCUCGGAUCAGCACAGUCCCCCCAGUCCCCUAGUCCGUCUAACUUGGCAUGUGCAGCUGAACCGCUAGGAAUUGGACUCUUGAGCCUGGGGACAAGGACCCUGUUCGUCAACAGGAUGCUGUACAGGUUGCAUCUCGUGCAGGCUUCAUUGGAUAGCGAGUUUGGACGAAGGCGAGAUCCCAACCCCCACCUUUGACCGACGUUGGGGAUGCCGGCGCUGCCGUUGCUUCAUGGUUCCGUCCUUGGGACCUCCCUGGUUUCCCCCGGUCUGUGGGCAGUCGUUGGCAGCCAAUGGAUACGCCCGCCCCGUUGUCCGGGACCUUCAACGGAACCAUUCCCGACAAUUUCCUAUUCCCUAACAGAGAGAUACGGACUUGUGUUGUCUGGUGACUGGGUGGACUGGGGAGACCUUCUCCGGCUCUCUGCGGUGUGAGUGCUCACACAUGGGGAGCCCACCGUUCCCCUACAUGCAUGUCCUCGUGGGCGUGGUUUUGCUGUCUACAUAUUCAAGGUGCCUACCUGCCACUUCGUCGCCUUCUUGGAUUCUUCGUCAGAACUACCACUACCCCAGAGUUGAUCCAGUACAACACACCCCCGUAUUAUCCAAGUCUACUUAAAAGUCCCCCAUUCAGGGGGGCAAUUUAGCAUCAAGGGCACGCACACACACUACGCGCUGUUGCCAUUGUCUUGCCUGUUGUUUGUUUGUUCGAUCUUGUAGUUGUUGCUGUGUUGCUGCUGUUGUUGUCUUGUUUGCUUCUUCUUGCACAACGACCAUAACCUGCUACCGCUGCUACUACCACCACUCAGACUACUAGGACAUUCCCUACCAGGACUCGUCCCAUCCAGUCAUUUUGCCACUCCCACUACCCAAUCUAUCACCAUCAACCCAUCUUACACAGCCCACGCCAAGAAACCCCAAACAACAAUCAUCCAUCCUCUCUCCGGCCGACUGGUACUUACACAUAUACAAACACUUUCCCCCCCAACCUAUCUCUUGUCGUCUUUUUAUUCUUACGUGUAACGAGACAUUCGAGAACAACAAUAGCCGCUCUUCGAAGAUAACCUAUACAGCCGGGUCUUGGUCAAGACCUUUUCUUCGAUUACACUUUUACCUCCUCUGUUUUUACAAGCCAACGGAGCCAGGACAGCUCUAAAGACCACAUUGAUGUCUGCUGAUUUGCGAACCGCACUUAAUUGCCUCCGCCACCCGUCCAGGUUUAUGCCCGUCUCGAGAAGUCAGCUUUCGAGAGUCCAUACGGGUGAUAGUAUACAAAAUAUAUCAGAUACAUAAAUUGAACGAGACGUUAGCCCAGCAUGGCGACGUCAACCACCACCACCACCACAACAACAACAACCACGACCUCCAACCCCUCCGCCACGACCAUUCCACUCUCCACCUCAUCAACAACAACAAACAGUGGUGGGAAUGGCAGCAGUAGUGGCGUGAAAGUCCUCGCAACACUCACCAAACGCUCCCUCCUCCCCGCAGCCUGGAACACCCAAGUGCGCACCGUCCAAACCCACGAAUGCCGCGAGGCGGCCCUCAGUCUCGCGCACGCGUUUCAGGCGGAUGACUACGCGAGGUAUCUGGUGGAUAUCGAGAGCAACCCCGCUGUUGAAUCCCCUCUUUCCAACGAUGAUUCCGCCACCACAUCUGGAGGGGUGACAUUCACAUGGGCUGGUUUCGGCGGCGAGGCGAAGGGACGACAGGGCAAGGGUGCGGCGGAAGACAAAUGGAACCUUCACGUCGAUAUCCUGACUUACACCGUCGCCUCUCACUGCAUUGGCGGGGGGCUUGUGACGACGGUGGGGGAGGAUUUUGAUAGUGUUGCUCUUUGGGUACCACCCAACCCACCCCCCUCCCUCGACAGCUACCUAACCCACUUCCGCUCUGGGCUCUGGCGUCUGCACUUCCAACUCUGCGCUGAAGGCCGUCGCCGUCUCUUUGAUGAGAUCCUCCCUCUGCUUCACGACACCAAGCGGGAGGUCUUGGGCCCGGAGAAGGAGAAUGAUGCUUGGUAUUUGGUUUACUUGGGCACUAAACCGAGAUCUCAGGGGAGGGGCUUGGGGGGACGGUUGCUGAGGGAUGGGAUGAUGAGGGCGGAUAGAGAGGGGAGGCAGAUGUACCUUGAGUCGAGCUCGGCGGUGAAUAAUGAGUAUUACAAGAAGUUUGGGUUUGAGAUCAAGAAGGAGAUUUAUUUGAAGAGGGGGAGGUGGCCGGUUAGGUUGACUAUCAUGGUGCGGGAGCCGGGCGCGACGGGGAAGGGGAGGAGGGUUGGCAAGGUUGUUGGUUGAUUUGGAAAAGAGAGGAAGGGAUGGUUUCUGGUGCGUCUGAAUUUUCUGUUUUUGUUCUGUUUGUUUUUGGAUGUUUGAUGCUGGUUGAUCAACUCAACCUAUGGUGAUUUUUGACCAAGUUUGAAAGGGGGUCGUUUGCUUACAUGUAUCGCCAUACUCAACAUAUGGCUCGCAGAUUGACUUUUUGUUUAUUUGGCUAAUUGGUCUUGGAUUCUUGUUUGAGAUGAUGUUUUGCGCUCUUUACGACUGUUAGGUCAGAUCUACCUAGAUAGUAGCUAUAAUCCACCGAACAACUGCAAUGAUCCCUCAGUAGCCCUAAAUCAGAAUGCCAUGGGAAUUGUACGUACUCUACAGGAGACAAAUCAAAGCAAUCAGUCAAAUAACUGGC